AUGUCUGGCCUCAACCCCGGUGACAGCUUCCCCGCUGACGUUACCUUCUCCUACAUCCCCUGGUCUGAGGAGAAGGGCGAGAUCACCUCUUGCGGUAUCCCCAUCAACUACUACGCCUCCAAGGAGUGGGCCGACAAGAAGGUCAUCCUCUUCGCCCUCCCCGGUGCUUUCACCCCCGUCUGCUCUGCUCGCCACGUCCCCGAGUACGUUGAGAAGCUCCCUGAGAUCCGCGCCAAGGGUGUCGACGUUGUUGCCGUCCUUGCCUACAACGAUGCCUACGUCAUGAGCGCCUGGGGCAAGGCCAACCAGGUCACCAACGAUGACAUUCUCUUCCUGUCUGACCCCGAGGCCAAGUUCUCCAAGAGCAUCGGCUGGGCCGACGAGGAGGGCCGCACUGGUCGCUACGCCAUCAUCAUCGACCACGGCAAGGUCACCUACGCCAAGCGUGAGCCCGCCAAGAACCACCUCGAGUUCUCGAGCGCUGAGGCCGUCCUCAAGCAGCUGUAA